AUCUUAUGGCAUAUCGCAAGUCGCAUAAUUUACGAUAACAUUAUCAUCGAUUUCAUGUAUUUUGUGCAACAACGAGCCAACUAGCCUCGGCGGUGGUUUUUUUAUCGAACGACGCGAGAAUUUCGUUCUAAUAAUAUUUUUCUUACGCGUGCGAGAAUGCCGCGAUACAUAUCAUAAUCAUGUUUUGAUAUCACACACAUCGCUGAAUGAGGCCGCUAAGUGUAAUCUCGGUGAUUAGUAAUAGAUCUCAAUUCGUGCUAUAUCGCGGUCGAUGGCCUCGUGUAUAUUAAACUUUAUGCACGAGGUGUUGUCGAGGUGUGAUUCAUUAUAACAACAAUACGGUACAGUAUGCACGUUAAGCGUAGAAAAAUGUUGCAAUAAAACAUCUCUAUAGACAAUUCUGUAACGCAGUUUUCUCUUUAAGGAUAAUAGAUGCAUUUUGACAACGCAAAUAUGCCAUUGAAGAACGUUAUUGAGUGGACACCUAGUGAUGUAGUAACAUGGCUCACAGAAACUGGUUAUGAAGAAUAUGCUGGUUUAUUCUAUAAACAUGAAAUCGAUGGAAAAGUGCUUCUGAUGUUGAAGGAAGAAGAUUUAAAAUCGGAAAUUAUGAACAUAGACAAGAUUGGUGCUAUAAAAAAGAUAUACCUUGCAAUAAAACAAUUGCAAAGGGAUAAUGUCGCUGUUUUAUUUGAUUUGGGAUAUAUGGAUUUGUUUUCGUCAUCAAAUUUUUAUACACAUCAUCAGAAUAAACAUGAGAUGCCUAGUACUGGCACGAAUAAUGAAGCAUCUAUAGAGCAUGAAUUUUACUCGGCUUCCGUAUCGGAGGACGGACAUGCUUCUCAUCUACCACCUGAAAUCUGGAAGACCGUUAUUAGUUUAGGGUAUUUGUUUAUUGUCACAUGGAUCACCGCCUUCGUGAUGGUCAUCGUUCACGACAGAGUGCCUGAUAUGAAAAAGUAUCCUCCAUUGCCAGAUAUAUUUUUGGACAACGUACCUCAUAUUCCUUGGGCAUUCGAUAUAUGCGAAGUUAUCGGAACUCUGCUUUUCGCGAUAUGGCUGGUUGUGCUUAUAUUUCACAAAUAUAGGUUCAUUUUGUUACGGAGGUUCUUCGCACUGUCAGGUACAGUCUUCCUAUUGAGAUGCGUGACAAUGCUCAUUACUUCCUUAUCAGUACCAGGUGCACACUUACAAUGCCAACCGCGGAAAGUUCCAGAUGAGGACUGGACAGGUUCUGCGUACGUCGAAUUGUACAAUAAAAUAGCAAUGGCUUAUGUUAUAUGGCGGGGCGCUGGUAUGUCCAUUCAAGGUGUAAGGACCUGCGGGGAUUACAUGUUCAGUGGGCAUACGGUUGCUUUAACUAUGCUUAACUUCUUCAUUACAGAAUAUACUCCAAGACAUUUGUACUUUUUACAUACUUUCACAUGGAUGCUCAAUAUGUUUGGUAUCUUUUUUAUUCUGGCAGCACAUGAACAUUACUCCAUCGAUGUUUUCGUGGCGUUCUACAUUACUUCACGAUUGUUUCUUUAUUAUCAUACAUUGGCGAAUAAUCAAGCGUUGAUGCAACGUGAU